GCUCAGUGAAGUCAACAUUCUAAUCGUCCCUUAGCAACUAUUCUCAAAAACGAUACAACACAGACAGCAGCACAACAUUGCAGGUGUGGAUAAUGGAAUAUGGGUUCAAUCAAGAGCUGCGUGUAUUUGCCGCGAAGAAAAUCCAGACAUACUGGCGAGCUUACCGAGACAAGAGACUUUUCCAACUGAUGUUUCUCACUAUUCGAGCUGCUGAGCACUGUCACGCACCUGCAAUUCUCCGCCAACUUAGCCCCAGAGAAGCUGACCUGGUCAGAGAUCCAAGCAUGCACUGCAAGGUCAGGUUCAGGUUUUCAGGUUCCCAGUUCCCUCCAGCGAUUGUCUUCAAGAUCUUCCACCUAGGAACAGGACGGCAAUUUAUCUCUGGGAAAAGAAUAUUCCAACCAUCUACUCAGGCCACAACAGAUGCAUGCAGGAUGAUGGGAAAUAGGAAAUUCAUCAAUCACAUUAUUGCCGAUGAGAUCCAGAGACAAGGCAGGAUUAUUGCUGACACGUGUGAUAUAACCUGUGUGAGAGACUUUAUGCAGUACUCAAGUCACCUUGAUGAACUACCUGCAUACCUUGGAGGGCGAGAGAACAGCUGGAGGUAUCUCUCUCUUCGGAGACUAUCUCGAAACAUCCUACAGUGGGACAGCUUGAGGGUGCGCGGGCAGGGUGCUGAGGCAGACAAGCUAAAGCUGAUGCUCUUAGACCCUCAUGUCCUUCGCACCCUGAUUGGAGGAGCAGUUCCGCCUCAGACACUCAGGUCUCCUGCUGGGCCUCCCUCCUCUGUGGGUUUGACAGCACGCCGGGCCCCAACAGCCCCCAUCAGCUUCACAUCCUUACCUUCAACUCGCCGCUCUGCCCGCGCACGCAUCACAGCUGCGCGCAUGAGACAUCUGUAUUUGUUUGGGGGUACACUGAAAGUUGACAAUAAUGAAGUUACAGAGGAAAAUGUCAACAGUAAGAGAACUGCACCUGGCAACAGACAAGAGAAAGACGCAGAAGGAGGUGACGUAAGGUCUGUGCCACCCAAGAUAGUCGUGCCAUUGGGAUUGGAGGAAGACAACAGCGAGAAUUCCCUCUCUGAUUCUGAGUGGGAAGAGGAGGCAGAGAAACUCUGCUUGUGGACCAGGCAGCUGGUUCUGGAUGAUAUGGAUAUGCACCUGAACUAGAACUUCAACUUUAGCAAGCCAUAACUAAGAUGAUCAUGAGUGGCAUCAUCCCUUUCCUCCCAUAUGGGGCUGUUUGAGUUCUCUUCUCAUGAUUCUAAUAAAUAUUCUUGUGUA